AGCUAGGCCUUGAGUCCCGGGGGCCCCUUCUUCCUCUCCCCCCACGAAGAGGCAUCUCCCCUCAGCUUCCCGCCCUCGGUCGCUUCCCUCGGGGAGGGCGGCCGACAGGGGACGCUCCGCUCCCGCCCAGCCCGCUCUCCGUGGAGGAGGCGGCGGCUGCGGCCAUGGGCGAAGCGGAGAGCUCGGCGGCGGCUGUGGCGGCAGACGCGGGGUUGAAGGCCCCCUGCCCGGCCGCAGGGCCUGCGGCGCCCGUGUCGGCCGAACCCGCCCCGCAAGCGGCGCCCGAGGAAGCGGCUUCGGCGGCGUCGAGCGUCUCCUCAGCGGGCUCGGCGAUGACCGUCAUGACGGCGGCGGCUGCGGCGGCUCCCCCUCCUCCUCCCCCGCCGCUGCCGGUGCCGGUGGUGUGGAGCCCCGAGGUGGAGGUGUGCCUCUUUCACGCCAUGCUGGGCCACAAGCCCGUCGGUGUGAAUCGCCAUUUUCACAUGAUCUGCAUCCGAGAUAAAUUCAGCCAGAAUAUCGGGAGGCAGAUUUCUUCCAAAGUCAUCUGGGACCAUUUAAGCACCAUGUAUGACAUGCAAGCGCUGCAUGAAUCUGAGAUUCUUCCCUUCCCCAACUCAGAAAAAAACUUCAGCCUCCCUGAAGAAAUUUUUCAAGAGGUAAAAGAAGGUAAAGUGAUGAUUGAAGAUGACGUGAAAGAAGAGAUAAAGGAAGAGAUGGAAUCGCACACAGGUCCUGAAGAAGUAUAUGCAUCUAUGGGAAGCCUGGCCAAAGCAUCUGAGAAACCAAGCAGUAAGGAGAAAGAGAGAAGCUCGUCUGAAUCUGGAUCCAAAGAAGGAGCAGAUAAGAGAAAGCGGAACAGAGUCACUGAGAAGGUUUUGAAUGCAAAUAGCAAUCCUUCCAGUCCAAGUGCUGCAAAACGGCGCAGAACAUAAGCAGUGGCCGAGCAAGGCAUAAGCAUGUUUGAACAGUGGAGCCUAGGCAGCAAAGAGAUUUUAGAGUCUAGUUAGCACAAUGCGGGUGGAAAUGAGAGAUAAAUGCCUGGGCUCUAUUGGUUAGCAUAGAGCGGCGGAAAGGAGCUGAACAGUAUCUUUAGCCUUACAACUUUGGGAUGCAUGGGAAGCUGGCGGCAUUAAGAAUGUGUGUUUACUGAAAAAGUCAGGAUGUGGCAUUUUUUUUUUUUUACAUACCAGUUGCACAUUCUUGAAUGGGAUUCACCUAACCAGCCCCAUUAGGGGAAGCCCAGCACAAGGACUGCUGCUUACACAGGGGGACUUUUCCCGCUCUCCUUCCUUCACAUGCCUUCCAAAAUGAGAACCCAGUUUCUUGUUUGCGAGGAGUUGGGGGGAUCAUUCCAUCAGGCAAGCUGUAAUUCUUGCGGAGACAGAAUGAUUGGAAGAACGCAACAUUGAAUUCCAGUCUACGUAUUAAACAUCCCUCUUGGAACAACCAUUCAUGGAAACACAGGACCAUGGUUCUUGAAUGGCUGGUUUCAACCUUGGGUGAUGUUUGUAUCUUGAGCUGCAGCUGCUAAUUUUAGUGACGUAAUAAGUGUCUUAAGUCGGUUACUGUUCUGUGAGAAUUAGUUCCAAAUGCCACUGGUUCUGGCUGAAUAAGCAUGCAAAAAAUACACACCGCCUGCAAAAUGAAGAAGGAGCAUUCUUUGCUUAAAUUAUGAUCCGCUUUGCCUCUUCCAAACUGGAGGUAUACAUUUAUUUUUUCAGAUUGCCGAAGCAGAACAAAGGUCAUUAAACAUCUUAAAACCAGGAUGAACAAUUUCCUCAUAUCUGGGCUACAUAUUCUCUCUAAGGAGGCUUAAAAGAAAAUGUCAUUUGUAUAUUGGAAGGUUCAGCACAAACUGGUAAGAGUAGAAGAAAUGGUGACUCUUGUCUUAACCACUUGUACUAUAUUAAUGUCCUAGCUGCAAAGUCUUCAAUGUGAGCACUUCCAUUCAAGUAAGUGAAAUCACUUGCAUGAGAGGCAUUUGCCAGAUCGGGACAUAUAUAUAUAUAUAUGUAUGUAUGUAUUUUAUAUUCAUUAUUUAAUUCCUUUUUUUGAAAAAAACAAAAUGUUAUUUUUGCCAGGAGUUCUUAAAUGGAAGUGUUGAAAAUGCUAAUUUUGUCUUGUUACUCUACUUUCAAAAGUAGUUUUCACUUAAUGUUUUGGAUUUGUAUGCAAAGUUGCUAAAACCAGAGAUCCAGUUAUUCAUCAUUUCCUGAUGAUCAGAUAGUAAAAUUUCCUCUUAUUUUCGUGAAGUUGGGAAACAUGUAUUUUAUAAAGAAAAACAAAACAAGCAAAGGAAUGAAAAGGUAGCUGAAAAGCUACGGAGUUAUGCAUUUGUAUUAUCCUUUGCUAUGCAAUAAAGAGUUCCAGCCCACGCUUCA